CCCACCUCGGUCUUGACAGCGAACAUAAAAAGGACAUGUACCCGGUCGCUACUUAGCUCGCUAAUUAGCCUCUUCAAAGAGCCUCGGACCUUAUUGACGUCCGAUGCUUCAAUUUAUCACAAAUAACAGCAUAUAUGUAGUUAACUAGUCUUUUUAAAUGGCGUUCAAUGGCCACCAGCGCGACGAUGAACGUAUCGACGAAGACGAAACGCCCACGAAGCAGCCGCGGUCCGACAAGGAGAUGCCCGGUUGUUUCAGAAACGAGCCCAACAAUGAGGCGUCCGCGUCCGCCGGGAGAGCCACAUCCGACCGGCGGAGCUCCAACGCGACGUCGAGGCAGCGGAUCGACUCGGUGAAGAAAACAAGGCCGCCUUUUCCCUGGUUUGGGAUGGACAUUGGAGGCACUCUGGUGAAGCUGGUGUACUUCGAGCCCAAAGACAUCACAGCAGAGGAGGAGCAGGAGGAGGUGGAGAACCUGAAGAGCAUCCGGCGCUACCUAACCUCCAACACCGCCUAUGGUAAAACAGGCAUCCGGGACGUGCACCUGGAGCUGCAGGACCUGACGCUGUGCGGCAGGACGGGCAACCUGCACUUCAUCCGCUUCCCCACGCACGACCUGCCGGCCUUCCUGCAGAUGGGCCGCAACAAGCACUUCUCCAGCCUCCACACCACCCUCUGCGCCACGGGAGGGGGGGCGUACAAGUUUGAGUCUGAUUUCCGCACGAUGGCAGACCUGCAGCUUCACAAGCUGGAUGAGCUGGACUGUUUGAUCCGGGGGGUGUUGUACAUCGACUCGGUGGUGUCCGGCGGUCCCUCGGAGUGCUACUACUUUGAAAACCCCACAGACCCAGAUCGUUGCAUCCAGAAGCCCUACACACUGGAGAACCCCUAUCCCCUGCUGCUGGUCAACAUAGGGUCUGGGGUCAGCAUCCUGGCUGUCUACUCUGAGAGCAACUACAAACGAGUUACAGGGACCAGUUUUGGCAACAUGAUGUCCAAAGAGAAGAGGGCGGUGUCCAAAGAGGACCUGGCAGGCAACACUGUCACCAUAACCAAUAACAUCGGCUCCAUCACCAGAAUGUGUGCUCUCAAUGAGAACAUAGAGAGAGUGGUGUUUGUGGGCAACUUCCUCAGAGUGAACACUCUCUCUAUGAAGCUUCUGGCCUACGCCAUGGACUACUGGUCUAAAGGACAGCUCAAGGCACUCUUCCUUCAACAUGAGGGUUACUUCGGAGCAGUUGGCGCCUUGUUAGAGCUUCUGCAUCCAUCCUAAUCCAUCCGAAAACUACAUCCAAAGAAGUACUUGUCAAUCUGCUGCAAAGACCUUUAGCACUUUAGACUGUUCAGUUAAUUCCACAGUGGGAUGUUAUGCCAGCCACCAACCAGCCACCCAGUUACUGGUAAAUUUUGGUUGUAGCAGGCAAAAUGUCAACCAUUUAGAGGUCCUAUGUUUGUAUAAUGGUGGCUUCUGAGUAUUAAUACACUGUUGUGGUCAGUAGAUAGAAGUCUGUGUCCUGCCCUGACCAAAGUUGUGUGCAGCAGAGUUGACGAAGUCAUCCUCUGCAGAACUGAAGAAAGUGAGCUGGAUUUUGUCUGAAACUACUUAAGGAAACUCACCACAGUUGCCUGAAAUACUGUAGGUUUAAAAAGUACUUAAAUAGUCUUGUGGACUGCAAUUCAUUCUCAGUGGGUAUCAAGUCCUUUAUAUAGUUUAUUUUAUCAUAAUAGGUACCAGGUGGAUGGGAGCCUGUUCAGUGUGUGAGCUUAACCACAGGAAGGUUUUUACUAGAAAAUCAUCAUUCAUCAUUGUUUAUUUGUCGAAUAUGUUGUUGAUUAAUUGUUUGGUCUAUAAAAUAACUAGAAAUAGUUAAAAAUACCCGACUUUAGCUUCCAGAUCCAAAGAGGACUUUACUUUAAAUCAUUCUAAACCCAAAGACAUUUAAGGUUCUGUCACUUAAGACAAAUAAAUGCAGGAAAUCUUUAUUGAGAAGCCGACAUUUCCACAAUUAUCAUAUGAAAGUGAAUUAUCUGUCUAAUUGACUAAUCCUUUCGACUCUCCAUACCUGUUCCAAAUAACAACAUAUUGGAAAUGAAAUGACACUGCUUAAUCCUGUAAAAGUCAUGGAUGAUGAUUGAACUCUAAAUUUCAAGUACUCACUAACCGAUUUAGCCGUUGAUUUCAGUGCACUGGCGCGGUAGUACUCCCUAUCCAUCUGGUAGUCUUAGUAAGCUAAACACUGAGAAUCAUUUACAACCACUUAGGUGUUUUAUUAUCUGUGAGCAUUUACUCAUUGUCACCAGUUGGACUUGAAAGGAGGAUGUGAAUGGUAAAUGGUUUUUAAACAGUUUCUGCAAAAAAAAUGUUUCCUCACUGGAUGUUGACUCUAAAUUUCAUCAGACUUAUUAACUGUUACUGGUAUAAUUUUAAGACUGUUUCUGCCUCUGUAAAUGGGAAAUGUCCUGUUACAGUAGUUUUCCCACUUGAGAUCUCAAUGUUUGUAGAAGAACCCAAUUGUUUACUCUGAGCUGCGGGAGAAAUCAGGAAAUCUAGACAAUCAGUGUUGGGGUUAGUGAGACUGUACUGUAAAGUAAUGAAUUGAAGCCCCUUUCUGACCCCAUAACGUCUGCCCUGCUGAAGUGCCCUUGAGCCGCUGCAACCCUUUCCCUGCAGAAAGAAAAUCAGAGCAAGCAGAAAGAGAUUUAUAAAUGUGAAGAUGUAAAAUAGAGGCUAAAAUUAGGGCAUUUGAUCCCUGAAAUUUUCUCCAGGUCCAAGAAAAAGGUUCUUUCUUUUUAUUUAAAUGCAGAAACUUGAUGAAUCCCUCCAAUGGAGGUUUUAAGUCCUGUGACCCCAAACCAUUUCUGUCUUGUUGGGCAUGUUCAGUAUGUACUUAAAUAUUGUUUUUGCUUUUGUUUGGUCAGUUUCCCCUGAAGCUUUUGUUCUUUUAAUAGAAAUUUAGAACUUGAUUGUUUAACCCUGUGGGUGUGGGUGUGGGUGUGGGUGUGUGUGUGUGUGUGUGGUUUGUCCCAUCAUCAUUUAAUGCUUAUCCGUCCUAUUUUAAUGUAAUCUGUUUUUUAAGUGAUUGAUCUGUUGAUGGAUUACAGGGACCAUAAUGAAUCAUUAACUACCUAAGGAGGAGAUUUGACUCCCAGAAUAGUUGGAAAUUCAGUGGACACAGUUGUUCAGCGGUCAGUUACUAGAAAUAAUGUAUCUGCAAGUAAGUGCCUGUCAUGUUUUUGUAUUUAAUACAUAAAUGUGUUCAGCAAUGUGAUUUUAAAAUGAGACAAACUGUAAUUGUCUAGGUUUCCCCUCUGUUGUUUGCUUGUAACAUUUUUUUUGUAACUGAGUGGUCACAAGAUUUCACUGCAUCGUCCCUAUUAAACAAACGUUUCAUAUC